AUGGGAUUCAUACAGGAGAAUGAUCCCCACGAUCAGCUGCAACCAGUAGACUUAGAUGGAUUCCGAUCGUAUCAAGUUGCCGACCUUACGGCUGUUGAUGCCUCGACACUCACAGGCAUGAAAGAGGAAGUCGUGCUUCUGGCGUGGCUUCUUGUUCUCAUGCGUACGCGCGAAGGUACAUUGCCGCGCUAUGAAUGGGCCUACAAAAACGGCUCUAAUAAUUUGACCAGCCAUGAGCUGCCCACCGAGAAACUGGUGGCUGGACUGGAAAGCAGCACCGAAGAGGUGGCAAGAGCUAUUAUUGAGCAUGUCAAGACAUCGAAGCCAGCCGAGCUUGCAGAUGUUUCUAGUCCCGUUUCGCUCCUUUUGAGUACUGGCUCAUUAACGAAAGACGCUGAAGUCAACGAGGAAGGUGCAAUCCAUUUAGAAGUACUCUUCCAAGAUGGUCAAAUGAGUAUUCGAUCAAUUUGGAGUACAGAGAACCAGUUACAAUAUACCAUCACUCACCAUGUGGAGCAAUUGGCCGACACUAUCAAGUCGUAUAUCUUAAAUCCCAAUGUAUCCAUCGCGGAGGGCUUGAAGCCAACCGACUGCGACUUUAACGAGAUUUGGCGCAUUAACCAUGAGCUUCCUCCAACCCAUAGCUUUGGUUCGCAUGAAUUGUUCUCUGAACGAGCCACGAAAAUGCCAAACAAAGUUGCCAUAGACUCGUGGGAUGGCGAGUUGACUUAUGGUCAAAUUGAUCAAUGGUCUUCACAUGUGGCAUGGAAGCUCAAGGAGAUGGGCGUCAAGCUUAAUGAUGUCUUGCCCGUGUGCUUCGAAAAGUCUAGAUGGACAGUCAUCGCCGUCCUAGCUGUGAUGAAGGUGGGUGCAACUUUUGCUUUGAUGGAUCCCACUUUGCCGCUUGCCCGACUUCAGAAUAUGGCGACACAGGUGGGUGCAAAGGCAAUGGUUUCAUCCCGAUCUCAAUUCGACUUUUCGACACAAAUUAUGCCCAGCGACAAGAUCUUUGUUGUGGAGGAGAGCGCAUUCGCCGAAGUUUCCACAUCUGAUGGCAUUGAGAAGCUUCCUACAGUCCCCCCACAAACUUUGAUGUACAUUAUCUUCACAUCUGGGAGUACUGGAACUCCAAAGGGUGUCACUAUUUCCCACGAAAGCUACACCAGCAGUCUUCUUCCUCGAUCAGAAGCCGUUGGGUACAAGGAGGAUUCCCGGGUUCUAGAUUUUGCGUCCUACGCCUUUGACGUUAGCAUUGAUAGCAUGCUUUGCACACUGACCCAAGGUGGAUGUCUGUGUAUUCCAUCCGAUGAGGAUCGACUCAACGAUAUCAACGAUGUGAUCCGAAAGUUCAACAUCAACUACGCCGGCAUGACGCCUUCCGUGGCCCGUAUUUUGGAUCCUGAUGUGAUCAAGUCACUCACAAAUGGUCUGGGUCUUGGAGGAGAAGCAGUACCAGCCAGAGAUGCGAACAUCUGGGGUCAGGAUGCCCGAAUCAUUAUCGGCUAUGGUCCUUGUGAGUGCACCAUUGGAUGCACUAUCAACAGUAGCGCUGCUACUGGAAGAGACUACCUCUCCAUUGGUCCUGGUAAUGGUGCCGCUAUGUGGAUCGUCGAUCCAAAUGACCACGAAAAACUCACGCCUAUCGGCGCCGUUGGUGAAUUACUUGUCGAGGGUCCUAUUGUCGGACAGGGUUAUCUGAACGACCCCGAAAAGACCGCUAGUGUUUUCAUUAACGAUCCUUCAUGGCUUGUGGCUGGCCACAGGAAUUAUGCGGGUCGCAGUGGUCGUCUUUAUAAGACGGGUGAUCUUGGACGAUACGACCCUGAUGGGUCUGGCGGCAUUGUAUUUGCAGGAAGAAAGGACACUCAAGUAAAGCUGCGUGGUCAGCGCGUUGAACUUGGUGAGAUCGAGAGUCAACUUCGUGCUCUUUUACCUUCAGAUUCCAAUGUCAUUGCCGAGGUGAUUGUGCCACAGGGGACCGGUGGUCAAGCAACCCUCAUCGCAUUUGUUACCACUGCAUCCAUGCAAGAACAAGGUGGAACUAGUGUGAGCUCCGCUGAGCCAUCUGAUGACUUGCGUGCUAUUCUUCCCACUAUCAGCAAAGAAUUGGGCAAGGUUGUGCCACGAUAUAUGGUCCCUACAGCUUAUAUUCCAGUUAAUGCCAUUCCAGUCUUGAUCUCUGGCAAGACUGACCGCAAGCAGCUCCGAGCCUUCGGUGCCUCUAUCGACUUGCGAGAGUUGGACACAGAUAAUGCUCCUGAUGCCAAUAGGGAGUUGACUGACCUCGAGAAGCGCCUGCGUGGAAUUUGGGCUCAGACAUUGAAGCUCGACGCCGAUGGUAUAAAGCUCAAUGACAAUUUCUUUGCUUUAGGUGGUGACUCUGUGGCAGCGAUGAAGCUGGUCUCCGUAUGUCGGUCCCAGAGUCUGGAUCUUUCUGUCAUUGACAUGUUUGGGAACCCAUCCCUUUCCGCCAUGGCUGAUGUCAUUAAGCCAUUGGGUGACGAUACUGGAGUUCAAACUGAGACGCCCGCAUUUGCAAUGAUUUCUGAGUCCGCUGAGAGUGCUUGCUCUGAGGCUUCUCAGGUCUACGGAUUCAAGAAGACCGCCAUUGAAGACAUCUACCCUUGCACCCCUACUCAAGAGUCACUGUUUACUUUCUCAUUGAAAUCAGUCAAGCCAUACGUUGCCCAGCGUGUUGCUGCUAUCCCUUCGAGUGUUGACCUUAUCACAUGGAAGAAGGCCUGGGAGAAUGUGGUCACCAAUAGCCCUAUCCUGCGCACUCGUCUUGCCCAACUCCAAGAACCUGGUCUUCAACAAGUUGUACUUCAAGACACCAUCUACUGGAGAGAUUCUGACAAUCUUGAGAAGUAUCUUGAGAACGACAGAAACGACAGAAUGCAGCUUGGCGACCGUCUGGCACGAUAUGCCAUUGUUGAGGACAAUGGUAAAAACUACAUGGUCUGGACAAUUCACCACGUUGUUUACGAUGGAUGGUCUGAGCCGGUCAUUCUCAAACAGGUCAGCGAUGCCUUGAAGGGUCAGUCUGUGGAGGUCACUACCCAGAUGAAAGAGUUUGUCAAAUGGGUCAAGGACACUGAUGAGGUCGCCAUGGAUGAAUUCUGGCGACGAGAAUUGAAGAACGCGGUUGGACCGCAGUUUCCUCGUCUUCCUUCGAGAGAUUUUGUCCCAUUCCCUGAUGGGAAUGUUGAGCAUUCUAUUUCAGUCUCCACACCCGCUGGGUAUCCCUUCACAUUGGCCACAUUGAUUCGUGGCGCAUGGGCUAUUGUUUCCUCCCAGUACUCAGGAAGUGACGAUGUCGUAUUUGGUGAGACUCUCACGGGUCGUGAUAUUGCCCUUCCCGGGGUUGAGGGCAUUGUUGGGCCGUUGAUUGCGACCGUGCCAGUUCGGAUUCGCGUAAACCGCCAGACGACUAUUGAGUCUUUCCUUCAGGCUGUCCAGCAGGGCGUGUUAUCUCGCAGCCCUUAUCAACACCUGGGUAUGCAAAACAUUCGAAAGGUCAGCCGUGACGCUCAACAUGCGUGUGAAGCCCCCACUGGCCUAGUCAUUCAGCCAGAGCCGGACUCUGCCGCUGUCAGCGAGCUGGGCUUUGCUGUUGGUGAUGUCGUUCAAGAGGCACUUCACUUUAAUCCUUACCCUCUGAUGAUUGGUUGUGGAAUCCGCAAGGGUGGCUUCAGAAUUCGCGCCAAUUUCGAUAGCACUCUCAUCAAGACCCCACAGAUGGAGCGAGUACUUGCUCAGAUGGAGACAGCCUGUUUCCAGUUGACAAGGAACAUCUCGAGAAAACUCGAAAGUCUUUCUUGCAUUCCUAGUGCCGAACUUAACCAAAUUUGGAAGUGGAAUGUGACUCCUCCACUCUCACUCGACCAGUCCACGAACAAGUUCCGAGCAAAUGCAAACACUAAGCCUGGGUCAACUUAUCCUAGUGUCGUAGUUCCUUGGGUAGUCGAUGGUCGAAACCCAUCACUUUUAACCCCUAUCGGAUGUGUUGGAGAGCUAUGGCUCGAAGGCAACGUCCUGUCAGGCGAGACUAUUGACUCUCCACAAUGGCUUGUUGAAGGAAGCACGGAAUCUGCUGGCCGGUCCGGUAAAGUCCAGCCCACUGGAGAUAUUGUCCGACAGCAAGAGGAUGGUAGUCUGGUAUUUGUCGGUCGCAAAGAAAAUAUUCUUCCUUCUCAGGGACAUGCUGUGAAUAUUACUGAGCUGGAAACGCAUUUUGCGACAUAUCUUUCGCCUACUGUUCGGGCUGCCACUGCGGUCGUUCAGGCUUCACCAGCCGAUACCAAGCAAGAUAAGCAAUCGGAGUUGAUCGUCUUCUUACAGCCAAGAGCUUCCAAGGAGAAGACCGUUGAAAUUUUGCGUGAGAAGCAUGAACUCGGAUCUAAGGGUUUCAAAGUCACAACUUGUACAGCGGUACCUACAAGUCUGGCUCUGGGGCUAAAGAAGCUUGAUAAAUUCAUCCGCGACUCACUUCCUUCAUAUAUGGCACCCUCAGCCUACGUGGUUGUUGAGGAACUACCUGAAGAGACACACCUCGGUGACUACCAAAUGCUGCUGAACAAACUUGCCUCGACUAUUCCUGCUUCCGUUCUCCAAGAACUGCGUGACGGAUUUGAAGGGGCCUGGAUCAAAACGUUUGCCCAAGCGAACCUGACGCCGAAGGAAACCAUUCUCAGAAAUGCGUGGGCUACAAUUCUUCGUGUUGAACCAGAGAAGAUCGAUUUAGACGACAACUUCUUCCGUCUUGGUGGUGACUCUGUUUUGGCAAUGAAAUUGGUCUCAGGUCUCCGCGCCCAGGGUCACGGAUUGACCGUUGCAGAUAUUUUCCAGCACAUGCGACUUGGAGAUGCAGCACGCGUUUUGAAACUUGAUCAAGCUAAUCAACAGAACUUCAAGCCCUACAAGCCUUUCUCUUCGUUGGGACAGUCAAACAUCAACGCUGGCGUUGUUCGAUCUAAACUUGCCAAUAGCAACUGGUCCAUUCAAGAUAUCGCCCCAGUGACCGAUCCCCAGGUCGUGGAUAUCAAGGCUACUCUGAAUGCACCUCGCACCGCCAUUCAAUACACUAUGCUUUUCUUCGAUGAUGGAAUUGACCGAGAGAAGCUUUUCCAUGCCUGCGAUGAAAUUAUUAAAGCCCAUCAAAUCCUAAGGACCGUCUUUGUGGAGCACGAAUCCAAGUUCUACCAAGUGGUGCUUGAAGAUAUGGAAAUGCCCCUAACCAAGCACUUAGCCGAUGAUGACCUUGAACAAUCAGUGAAAGAUAUCUGUUCCGUUCACGCAGAGUUAGACUCCAAGCUCGGCUCUUCCUUCCUCCAGAUCAUUCACGUCGAGGGCCGAAACAACCGCGAGUGUCUUGCCUUGGGUCUGUCUCACGCACAAUACGAUGGCGUUUCUCUCCCAAGAGUUCUUCAAGACCUUGAGACCUUCUACGCCGGAGGCCAAAUUGCUCCCCAUGAACCAUUCGCCACUUACAUUGGCCGCAUCUCCGAUGGUCAGGUUCAAAAGACGGCCAUCAACUACUGGAGCAACCUCCUUGACGGUUCCUCUCUUUCCGUUCUUGAAGGGCCUACUACGCAGCCUACCGACCGUGGUAUCUUCAAGACAAAGGUCAUCGAGAACUCUCAGCCACUGCCGUUCAUCACAACUGCCAACUUGCUUACUGCGGCUUGGGCAUUGUUUCUAGCCCGUCGCCUUCGUAAGAGCGAUAUUACCUUUGGGGGAGUCACGUCAGGCCGAACGAUUGACCUACCAAACGUGGAAAACAUCGUCGGUCCAUGCUACCAGCUUACUCCGAUCCGGGUUCUCUUUGAGUCGCAUUGGACAGCAAUGGACUUGCUGCAAUUUGUGCAGAAGCAAAGCGCAGAGUCAGCAGCAUAUGACUUCCUCGGGUUUGAGAACAUCGCUCGUCAAUGUGCCCAAUGGGAGGAAGGUCUCUUUUAUGACUCUCUUGUCCAUCAUCAGGACUGGGAUGAUUUUGAUACUAUGCCUUUUGCUGGUGGAAGUUGCAGGGUGGAUAUUUUGAAUCCCCAUGGGGAUUCUCCAAAGCCGGUGAAGGUUGUUUCAUAUGUCAAGGAAGGUGCCAUGCAUGUUGGUCUUGUUGGCAGUGAGCGCGAUGCGGAAUUUGUUGACGGAGCGCUGAGUGAGUUGGCUGCCACUGUGCAGGAGCUGAGCUCUCAGAAGGAAGAAGCUUUACUUGAUGCUGAAGUAUUCUAG